AGACGGCCUACAGCGCGUCGCGCACCGUCAUUCUCGUCUGCGAGUCUCUACGGUGCUCGCGAGCUCACGCGCGCCGAGUUUCCUCAGGGUACAACACCUCGCUAACGAACUCCCGCGCAGAGGCCGUUGGAGAGGAGUCCGUCGCACCUGGUCGUCCUGGUCUUGAUCCUGGAGAGCACCUGCCGCUGAUAUUCCCACCAACACCCGUCAACACUCCUCCGCCCUCCUCCCCCCCCCCCCCGCCCCGCCCCGUUAACCCGCGCGUAUUGCGUCGUUGGGUUUUCCUAUUAAAGAGGGAACAUCAAUCUCCCGGGCGCCCUUCGGAAGGAUUCUGGUUUCCCCGGCGACCUCCACCAUCGAUCCCUCGGCACUCCCUCGCCGAUUAUCUCUCCUCCCUUCCCCUCCUCCGUUACCUGCCCGCCGACCAACUGCCCCCACCCUCUUGGUCAACUGUCCCCACCUUGGGGAGAGACUUCCACACGCAGUGUAUACCUUGCGACGCACACGGAGGGAAGUUAUUGCGAAAAAGAGGACGGAAGAUCAGUGUGACACCGCGCUCGUCGGAGAGACGAGCCCUUACAUGCGUUACGAGUUCGCGCGCACAAGCUCCGCACAUUAGGCGUCGCGCAUAGUGCGCACAUACACAUACAUAUACACAUACAAACACACAGACCCACAGAGAAAGACACAUAUACACACGCACGCACGCACGCCGAGUACGUAAACGCGCCGGUGUUAAAUCGUCCUGCGCCACACACGUGUGCCAUCAGACACACGUUGUCACACGUGCGCACGUGAACACGUAAUCGAGCGCGCUUAAGGAUCGUAUCGGCCGCUGCCGCGCCGCAUCGGGAGCGCCGCGGCUUGACAGUGAAACUUGGAAGCGUGCCUCUCUCCGCCUCUUCGCCCUCGCCCUCGACGAAGCACAGGAGGAAUCGUAUAUACAUAUAAGUAUAUACAGCUAUAUAGCAUACAUAUUUAUAUACGUCUAUUUGCAUCCUUCGAAUUAGAGGUCUCCGUAGACGAACGACCGCGACGACGACCACCGAGUCUCCUCACCGAGAUGUCGCAUAACACAAAGGUUCUCACAGCGGCGGUGCACGGGGGCAAAAAUCAGAGAACGCCGAUGCGCCCGAUGAUUGCGGAAUACGAGCCGAAGAAGCACGGCGUGAAAACCGAACUCUCAGACGUGGUGCUUGUCAAAUACAAGUGCGAGAAAAAUGACGUGCCGAUUACGGUCACGAACGGAUCGACCUUGCCGCUUGUGGAACGACAGAUCGACGAGGAGGCUGCCCUUUACGACCCGUUCGAGCACCGCAAGCUCGCUCAUCCCACCUCGGACCUCGACACGCUCAUACAUCUGCUCAAGGGUAGCCUGGGGACGGGCAUUCUUGCGAUGCCGAUGGCCUUCCGUAAUGCCGGCCUCGCCUUCGGACUCUUCGCCACUUUUUUCAUCGGCGCGGUCUGCACCUACUGCGUCCACAUACUCGUCAAGUCCGCCCACCGUCUGUGCAGGCGGACGCAGACGCCCAGUCUGGGCUUCGCCGAGGUGGCCGAGGCGGCCUUCCUGGACGGGCCUGAACCCGUUCAGAAAUAUGCCAGACUCGCCAAGGCGACGAUUAACACGUUCCUGGUGAUCGACCUGGUGGGUUGCUGCUGCGUAUACAUCGUCUUCAUCUCGACCAACCUCAAGGAGGUCGUGGACUAUUACACGGCGACGGACAAGGAUCUGCGAAUCUACAUGGCUGCGUUGCUACCGUUCCUCAUCAUCUUCUCCCUCGUGAGAAAUCUCAAGUACCUCGCGCCCUUCUCGAUGGUGGCGAACGUGCUAAUCGCCACCGGCAUGGGGAUCACUUUCUACUACAUCUUCAGCGAUCUGCCCACCAUCGACGACGUGCCGAAUUUCUCCAGCUUUUCGCAGCUACCUCUCUUCUUCGGCACUGCCAUCUUCGCGCUCGAGGGCAUCGGCGUGGUAAUGCCAUUGGAGAACAACAUGAAGACGCCGUCGCACUUCGUCGGCUGCCCGGGUGUCCUCAAUACCGGCAUGUUCUUCGUCGUGUUGCUGUACAGCACCGUCGGUUUCUUCGGCUACUGGAAGUACGGCGAGAGCACGAAGGCCUCCAUCACGCUCAACCCGCCGCAGGACCAAGUGCUCGCCCAGUCCGCUAAAGUGAUGAUCGCCGUCGCGAUAUUCCUCACCUACGGCCUGCAGUUCUACGUACCCAUGGAGAUCAUCUGGAAGAACGCUAAGCAGUACUUCGGGUCGCGGCGAUUGCUCGGCGAGUACCUGCUGCGCAUCUCGUUGGUGAUCUUCACCGUCUGCGUGGCCAUCGCCAUCCCUAAUCUCGGCCCGUUCAUCUCCCUCGUCGGCGCAGUCUGCUUGUCCACGCUCGGUCUUAUGUUCCCGUCGGUGAUCGAACUGGUGACCGUGUGGGAGCUGGAGGACGGCCUCGGCAAGUGGAACUGGCGCUUGUGGAAGAAUCUCGCCAUCAUCUCCUUCGGCGUGUUGGGCUUCGUCACUGGCACGUACGUGAGCAUUCAGGAGAUCCUGGAGGGCAAAUGAGGCGUUCGGCCCGGCGCGAGAGGAACGGCGGCCCGCGGCGGCCGUUCGCGAAUACCGCACGUCAUCCAACGCGAGUACCACCAUCAGCCUCGGAUACUCGCCAUCGCGCGGGUACCAGUACGGAUGACGAGGCGCGUUCGACGCUCGACAGGGCGAAAUCGGUCGUCGCGACGACGACGACGACGACGACGACGACGGCGGCGGCGGCGGCGGCGGGGACGAUACGCGCGACGCGAGAUGUCGACCAACGCUCCCCUUGGCUCCGGGAAAUAGGUCGCCCUCCUGCGUGAGACUCCUGGUUCCCGUAUCCUUCCUAUCGGUAGCGCGAUGACUACAUAACGACGACGACGAUGACGACGACGACAAUAAUGACGACGGAGACGACGAAGGCAGAGCUUUCGCGUCCAUCCAGCUUUCAUCUACGCUUCAUUUUUUUUUAACGAUAGACAGAUUAUCGUUCGUUAGUAACGCGCGCAUUAUGUACGACUGACGAGACGUUAAAUUAAUUAUUCUCUUCGGCCGUUUUGUCAAUUUCUUUGGUUUAUUUUGUCGAGAAAAAAAAAUGUCGUUCAUCUAUCGAGAGUCAGAAGAAAUAUCAAACUUGAAAAUCCAGAAUCGCGACUUGAUAGAUAUAUGAAAUGUUGUCGUACACGUGUUGUCAAACACGUUCUCGCACGGACUUACUAGUUCUCCUUUGGAGAUUUUAUAUUUAUUUGAGAUUUAAUUUCCCCCAGCGCAGGAUCUCUCGACUGUCGCAGGACUUUUUGAUUUAAUUGACAAGAUAAUUCAGACUCCACGUGCAUAUUUCGUAACGCAAGGUGACGAGAUUAAAAUUCGCAUUCUGCGAGUCUCCGUCAAGAUGUUGAUCUAUGAGUUAAAGUUUCGCGUUGAAUAUUAACGACAACUUACAUAAUUUCUUUCCCUUUUUUCUUUGCGUUUUACGGAUUCGCGUCGCGUCGGCCGUACGCGCGCAGCUUCUUUGCAGACUCCACAACUGCGGGACGGUUUCUUUUUUUUCUUCUAGAAUAGCGUACGCGACGCUUCCUGGUCGUACGUGAACUUCGCGUACCUACAUAUACAUAUGUAUACUGUGUGUACAUGAGAUACACGAAACAUCGCGUUUCGUUGACGAGAGACGAGAACCGUACGCUUCGGCUGUUGCGCUCACUCGUUCGAAUUAUCACGAUGAGAGGACGAUCUGUAAGAUACUGUAUUUCGUCGGGAGAAUGCCGAUCGUGACAUCGUGACAUCGUCCCUUCCCUUUGCAACCACAUAAUCUCUGUUACUAACAUCUCUUUCGACAGCUUCCGAAAUAGAUUCGUCUGUUUUUGCGAGAGACGGCAUAUCACUGAAUAUUACGCAAUAAAAAUAAAAUGGAAAGGAUCUAUCCUAAUCAUCGUACCAAUUCUUCAGAUCGAUUCUCACCGACAAUCUGUUUCUCUCACAGAAACAGAAAGGACCGCCGAUUUGUGUUGAAAUUGACAGAUAAUUAAUUUGUCGGCUAAGGUGAACGCGAUAGAAUUGAAAUUUCGAUUUUUUUGAGAUGUGACGACCGAUCGGCGCGCUUCCAGCGAAAACCGUUGAUCUGUUCCUAGUGCAUGACGCACGAAAUCGUACAAAGAUGAUUAAUUCAGUAAGAGUAGUAGGCAGGAGGGUGCGUAGGUGUAGUAAUGUCGUGAUGCACGCUUGCUAGUCUGUAAGUCUGUAAGAUCGCGAUACACCGUUGUCUCGCCGGCGCGCGAGAUAAACGACGUCAAUUGGUCCCGUUGUCCCGAAAACGGAGCAUGUCCGUUUAGCCCUUAGCGUUAACCAAAGGGGAAGUAGAGUCGGAAGUAGAAGACGAAUAUUCGAACGUCCGCUGCCACAUGUAUCGUCAGCUAAGGGUAAGAAUAGCAACAGGGUUUGCCAAAAUUUCUAUCUUCUCGAGUAACUGCCACACACGAAUAGGGAAUCGCGGGCGCGAAAAUCAGACUGUCUUGAAAAAACGACGAAAACGAGGAGCUCAGCGCGCAGCUGACUCCUUCGACACUAUUCUACUAAUCGAUGACUUGUGCCUCUCUCGCGUGUUCGAUAAUUAGCAAUAAUCUCGAUUUAUACGUCUUCAGAGAACAAUGAAUCUUCGUAGGAUACGCAAACGAGAAGACUGUAACAAACAACUUUUCUACGAGAGAAAUUUAACUACACAUAUAUAUUAUUUUUUCUGUGUGUAUAUCGGUCCCGGUAACGUCAAGGUAUAUUCGUUUUGAAGGCAGUAUUAUAAGAUAAAUAGGCUCGCACACGCAGAGCCUGUUUAGAGAGAAGGAGAGAGAAAGAGAGAGAUCUGUUGCUCGCGUCGUUGCAGCUUUUAACUUUUUGUGGAAUUUAUGGAAGCGAUAUAUUCGUGCGUGUGACAUCAACGUGCGAAAACUUUCGUAAAACUAAUUGUAACUGGCAAUUAAUCGGACGAUCAAAUAGCCGUGACAAAUUUAUUCAACGUAAAUGUGCAAAGCUGUCGAAUGUAGAUGACGAUAUCACACUUUUGUGUCUAUAAAGAGUUAACGCGGCGACGACGAGCUAUUGCGAUAUUCUCUUUGGGAGCCAAUCUGUAUUGUCUGAGCCAGUUUCACUUUUGGAAUAAUAUGUUUUGUAUAAAGAUAUACAUAUUCAACGAGAAUUUCUACAAAAUACCGUGUGAUUUAUACCGUUUUGAUAAGAUGUCAUCAAUUUACACAGCAGGCUCAUGGCAUUUUCAUGAUCUUUAGAGAAAAAAAGAAUUCGUUGUUUUCGCUUAAGAAAAAUUGCCAGGCUCUGCUUUUUUAGGGCCUGUAUCUAGUAGGAUAAAAAGAAUGGACAUGCAGUACGUAAGCCGCAUGUAUUGCUGUAUGAUUUUUGUAGUACGCUCGUUUGAUAAUUUAGGGUUUUAUAUGAGAGAACGUAGAAACGAAAACGUUUAUGCUUUCGUCGAGACGCCGACGAGAGUUGUCGACCGUUGCACGGCGAUUAUUGCCGUUCUUCCGUUUUUAUAGAAAAAAAGAAGGAAUAAUAUAAAUAUGUAUAUCAGUCGGUUAGAGCGUGUGCACUCGUGCCUUUUAUAAUCAUACACACACACACAUACACAUACACACAAAUAUAUAUAUAUAUAUACAUAUAUAUAUAUAUAUAUAUAUAUGUAUGUAUACAUACGAAAACCUUCUCUAUCUAAUGAUAUAAGUUCACAACGUGUAGAAUUGUUUGUUAAAUAAAUAAAUCGACGAAGUAGGAUAUUCCAAGAGGAUGACUGUACUAGCCAAUGUAUUCUUUCUUUUGCUUUCACAUGAACAAUCGAUCGGCAUGUUCAUAUUUCAGAUAUUUGUAACAACAACAACAAUGAUAAUAAUAAUAAUAAUAAUAAUAAUAAUAAUAAUAAUAAUAAUAAACGCGACCACGCGUGUUUCUCCGAAGUAAUAAUUGCCGUGCAAGUGCCAUCAUUCGAAAUGCACAGAUUGUUGCUGAAUCGAUCGAUCAUCCUAUUUAACUUUACGAAAUUUAAUAUGCGAUUUGUGAGAAAUAUUGUUUUUCAUAUUACUUAUAUCCUUUCUAAAUCCUCUAAGAAAAGAUGAAUAAAAUUUAAUUCGACGGAA